AUGAUGAACAGAGCACCCCUACCCAGGGCUCUGAGGCUCCCGAGGCCUGCAGUUAUCCCCAGGCAACACUGUCUCAGUUUUGCCUCCCGAAAUAUAUCAACUGCUUUGCGACCGAUAAUCCUAGAUGGGCGACCUCGGCUCUCAUGGGACCAGGCUCCUCCCCAUCAACUGCUGCGGUGGAAUUCUUCGACCGCAGGGAUACAAGACGGCUCUUCCCAACAAACGCAGGCCCCACAGAAGACUACUCCUAUGGAUAUUUCCCAGGCAAUUCCGCAGACUACUUCCCAGAAUAGACGUCGGAAGACAUAUCAACGCCAACGUAUGCGGACGCCGACGCCGACGCCGGCGGCUGAAGGUGACCCGAAAAAUUUUGUGGUUCUUCCUGUUUCGAUCAACUCUUAUGCUGUAACUGGUAAAUCGUGGCUGAGGGAUAAUUGCCGAUGCCCAGAGUGUAUUCACCAGGACACGGUGCAACGUCUUGUUGACAUUUUCUCGAUCCGUGAGAACCUUGAUAUCAGUGAUAUCAGCGCUGAUGCGUAUGGGACAACUGUGACAUGGUCUGAUGGACAUGUUAGUAAGUACAGUUAUAACUGGCUACGUCUUUAUAACAAGAUGCCACUUGAACAACCUAGACCGCCUCAUCCUAUGAGGUUCCGCGACUUUGAUUCAUAUAUGCCGGGUGAAACUAAGUCCCCAACGGUAUCCUACUCAGAAGUCAUGUCCAGCGACCAUGGGGUCUUGAAUUGGUUGGAACAUAUCUAUACCUGGGGUUUCUGUUUUGUUCGAGGCACCCCUGUAAAUCCAGAAGCCACCGAGGCCCUCUUGAAGCGGAUAGCUUACAUUAGGCACACACAUUAUGGUGGUUUUUGGGAUUUCACAGCCGACUUGACUUUCAAAGAUACUGCGUAUACCAACGAGUUCCUUGGAGCGCACACGGACAACACUUACUUCACAGAUCCAGCACGGCUUCAACUAUUCCACCUGUUGUCCCACACAGACGGUGAGGGAGGAGCUAACCUACUUGUUGAUGGCUUUAAAGCAGCAUCAACGCUACGCAAGGAGAACUGGAAACAUGCCCAGACUUUACAGGGCGUAACACAACCAUACCACUCAAGUGGAAACGAAAACGUUUGCAUACAACCCGCAGAGCAUUUUCCCGUUUUCAAAGUACAUCCGCAGAACAAGGAUUUUUUGUAUCAAGUCCGCUGGAACAAUUAUGACAGAUCUGUCAAAUGGGAUUGGACAGUUGAGGAUCAGGAGGCCUGGUACGACGCAGCGAGCCAUUUUAAUGAAAUCAUUCAGCGACCAAACAUGGAAAUAUGGACUCAGCUGGAACCAGGAACAGCACUGAUCUUUGACAACUGGAGGAUGCUUCACGGGCGUUCUGCAUUCACUGGGAAACGAAGGAUGUGUGGUGGCUAUAUUAAUAGCGAUGACUUCCUUUCUCGAUAUCGUCUACUCAGAUUCGGCCGCAAAUCACUACUCCAUCAGCUUGGGAGCACGAAACUCUCCAGGGCAAAUCCAUAUUACUACAUGUGA